AUGGUGGAUUCUGAGGAGCUGAGGAAUAUGGUUUCUUCUAGUUUUAGGUUUCUGAACUACAGUGAACGGCCACUGUUGCUGGGCUUUGCUGGGCGGAAUAAAAGUGGACGCAAGCAUGGCCAUAGGGCGUUGCAUUUAUUGAAGAGCAGCUGUAGCAUUGCGGUUCAAAUUAAAAUCAAAAAAUUGCAUCAUAGACACCUGUACCCACGAACUCUUGAAGGACCUUUUGAUUUAUCCACGUUCAGAUCUUCAGUUUUCAUUUUGGAUGGUAGCUCAUCACCUGUAGAAACUGACCUGGCUGUGGCUGGAAUCCACAUGUUGCCUUCCACUUCUGUGACAUCUCACUCACCGUCCUUCCCUGUUGGUUCUGUGUUGCUUCAAGAUACUAAGCCCAUGCUUGAGAUGCAGCAGCCAUGUCCUGCAAUCCCUCCUGCCCAUCCUGAUGCGCAGUUAAAAAACUUGCCCUUUUAUGAUGUGCUUGAUGUUCUCAUCGAGCCCACGAGUUUAGCUCAAAGAAGCAUUGAACGGUCUCAAGAGGAGUUGUUUAUUCUUACUCUGACCCCUCAACAAGUUAUAGAAAUAUGCAUAUCCAGAGUCCGUUUGCCGGAUGGUGGGAAGGAUUAUAGAGCCCAAGUUCAGCUGAGACUUUGCUUGGCAGAGACAAGUUGCCCUCAAAAAGAUGGCUAUCUCGAGAAUUUAUCUAUAAAAGUAAACGGGACGCUUGUUCCUUCAUCUAAGUACGCACCACCACCACCACCUCCUAAUGCAACGAUUAAACAGAGGUGCCCUGGACACACUGUGAAUAUUACAUCUUUCGUUAGGUUAUCUUCAGCUGUGCCAAACCAGAUUUCCAUCUUUUGGUCAUCAAACAUUGGAAAGAAUUACUCCAUGUCUGCAUAUCUUGUCCGACAGCUCACAUCAGCCAUGUUAUUACAGAGGUUAAAAAUUAAAGGUGUUAGAGACCCUGAUCAUUCUAGGGCACGAAUUAAAGAAAUAUUUACUGCAGAUCUUGAAAGUGAAAUUGUUGUAACUGACCUUGCGGUAUCCUUGAUGUGCCCGUUAGGGAAAAUGAGGUUGACAAACCCAUGCCGAGCAGAGACUUGUAUACAUCUACAGUGUUUUGAUGCUGCCUUCUAUCUGCAAAUGAAUGAGAAGAAUCCCACCUGGGUAUGUCCUGUGUGUAAAAAAGAAGCUGCCUAUGAAAGUUUAAUUUUAGAUGGGCUUUUAAUGGAAAUUCUCAAUGACUGUUCCGAUGUAGAUAUGAUCAAAUUCCAAAAAGAUGGCUGUUGGUAUCCACUGAGACCAAAGAAAGAAGCUAAGGAAGGAUCCAGCCAACAGGGUACAGAAAUAGAAAGUUCACUGGCCCCCGGUAAGGAUAUUUCAGAGAUUCCAGCCAGUCAGGCAAGGAAGAAGAAAUUGGAUGUGACUGACCUACCAACAGAAAGGUCCUCUGAUGAAGAGGGAGGCCCCCCUGCUAAAAGGAGGUGAAUCUUUAUGUCAGUAACACAAAGCAGCCCAACCAAAGGGGUUCUCGUGUACCAGCCAUCAUCUUUAAGGUUGCCCCGUGUGACUUCAGUUGAUCCUGCUGCUAUUCCACCGUCAUUGACAGACUACUUGGUACCAUUCCAUCACAUGCCGAUCUCAAGCAUGCCAUCAGAUUUGCCAGGGGAACUAAGAAGUGAUAUUAAUAAUGAACUGCAGCUUGGAACAUUUUCUGGUACGUGCAACAGUGAAUUCAAAAUUUAUGGAAUGGAAACAGCUUGA